CUACGAGCUCUGGCUUUUGUGCUGAGCUCUGGCCAACAGAGCGAGAGUGUCGCUGAAAAGGUGCACUCUGGUCCAAUCUGCACUCGAAAGAACGUAAAAGAGCAGUAGUGCUACGCUGUGGCAACGAUUUUAACCACACAGACGAUGCUAAGACUGCUUGUGUCAGCAGCGCUCGGGAGCAGCACAGCCACCGCGUUACGAUGCACGCGACGCCAGUGCUGCAAUCUAGGGGCUGCAGCAGUCGCACUAGCACCCGGUGCAGCGCUGGCGAAUGAUGCCUUGUUGGAAGACGCAUUCUCCGCGAGAACCAAAGUGCUGCGUCCUCUGCCGCCGAGCACCUGCGAUGCCAAAACGCCAGACUGGCUCGUCGGCGACUGGACAGUGGCAGCGUCACGCUUCGAAGGCGUGAGCUUCCCGCAGUCGGGCUCGUACUACCCGCGGGGCGGCUUUACGCAGACCAUCGCGGGUGCGAGGCGUGGCACGAUCCUAGCGAUACCGAACGCCGGCGCCGCGCCGAAAGGAUAUGCACGGUCCUACGCCUCGACGCUCGGGACGUCUUCGGAUGUCACGAACGCGGCGUCGACGCUCAAGGCCUUCUGGUCCGACGCGACCGACAUCCGCCUGGAGCAGCAGAACGACAGGCGCACGAUCGUGAAUUACAGAGCACCGACGGUCAAGCGCGGCGUCCUCCCGCAGCGGAUCGUGGCCGACCGCCUGGCCUGUGCAUCUGAAUCUCCGUCGCCGUCGUCGCUGAUCGUGGCGGAGCGCUGGGCGCAGGCUUCAGUAGUCGACGACGCCGACGCGGCUUUGACGAGCCUUUCAGGAACGUACACCGCGUGGCACCGCUACGAUCGCGUCGAUCAAGGCGUGCGGGAAACGCUGAGGGUCGCAGCGUUUGACGAUAGUCCUGCCGCCGACGACAUCCGCCCGGCGGCGGUCUACGAUUACAGCUUUUUCCUGCGACGGCGUGCUGGGAGGUAAUAUUCACAAACUA